CCAGAAUCGUGGUCCAAAUGGACACACCCAUCUAUCGAGCCUUUGUUCACAAAGCGGGUCAUGAAGCCUCUUCCAUCUUGGACUGGGGCAUUCUCCCUUGUCAGCGAAUUCUUCACUCAUGAGCACCAAGUCUUCCCUUGCUUCAACGCACCAGCAUUCAUGUGCCUACUAGGCCAGCAGUACUCAGGGACGGGUACUGAGAGUCCAGCGUGGUGGGUCUCGCUCAAUUCUGUUCUUGCAAUCGCACAGCGUCGUCGAGCGGAGGCAGCUCAAUCAGCAGAGGCAGAGGAUCUAGCCUGGGCCUAUGCAUCAAAUGCACUUGCCGGGACAUGGGAUGUUCUCAUGCGUAGUACACAAUUGUCUUCUGUCCAAGCUCUGCUAGCCAUUGCCUGGUUCUUUAUCGGAACACCAAACCCGCAGCCCAGCUUCAUGCUCGUUGGUUGCGCCGUGCGUCUUGCACACUCGAUAGGCAUACAUGUCGAGAGCCAGGAUCCGUCUGUAAGUUCAGCAGAAGCAAAUAUGAGAAAGAAGGUCUUUUGGAUCGCGAUUUGUCUGGACCGGGAACUGUGUCUCCGAACUGGAAGACCCCCUUGUCACGAUCUCAACGCUGCCUACGUUGACCCACCAAUGGGUUCCUUGGAUGAAACGGAAAUCAUCAAGACUGUUGAGGGGCAUGAACUAAACCUCUUCAAAGGUCAGAUACAACUAGCCGCGAUCCAAAGCGCGAUUUACCAAGAUCUUCAUUCAAGCAAAGCCCCACCGAAUGGCAUUGCAGAUUCAGUGACGGACUUACUGCAGAAGCUGGAGAACUGGCGUACUGAAUUUGUACCGUCUCUCACUCAUGAUUCUGCUGGGAGGUGCGAGCACCACGGGUUGAUGCGGUUGUACUUUUCCUACUACAAUGCCGUUAUCGUUGUGAGCCGCGCACAUAGUCUAACUUAUUGGGUGUCACCAAAUCAUCCGGAAAUGUCAGCCCUACCUUCAAAGAUGAGAGACUCCAUAGAGAAUUGUCUCAACGCGUCCCGGUGCAUUAUUGGAUUAAGCAAGCUUAUACCAGUCACAUGGAAGAGCUUUCACUGGGACGUCAUUCCAAUACCUAUGAGCGCUGUUGUUAUUCUUUGCAUCAUGACACUUCGGAAUCCUAUGAACGAGAAUGCGCGGAAUGACAUGGGUUUGGUUGGUGACGUCAUGCAGAUUUUCAGAACUCUAGACGAGGCAUACGGCAAUACUUACCUCACUCAGGUCCAAAAGGUCUGCCAAGAACUAUACAGAAAGGCUCAUUACGCUGUGCAAUCUUCAGGUGCACAACUAGUUGAGUCUAUCAAUGUAGAACCUCCUGCUCUUCAAGCUUCCUCGAAUGCCAACCAGCAGGAAAGUCAUCAGCACCAUACUGAUAAUAUGUUUGGCUUCAAUAUGGAUGUCUUUGAGCAGACAAUGCCUUAUCCAGUUCCGAUGCUUUGGGACUUGGAUACGUCACUAUGGACUUCUAUUGUAUAGGUCUAGUUGAAUACUAUUUGCUAUUAAUGACA